GAGGGAGAGAGAGAGGGAGGGAGAGGACGUCUGGACUCCACAGAGACCUGGUUCCGACCCACUGCAGACCGGCUGCCCGCGUCACCUCAAAGCAGAGCCCGACAGAUGGUUGUCCGAAAGAGUUCCAGUGCACUGAGCGCGUUUCCUCCCGAGCUCACCAUGCCAAUUGACAUGGCGUUACCUCUGUACCUGUCCAAAGAGGAGUUUGUCUACAGGACGUCUCCCAAAACUCGAAGACCUGCUCUGAACUCCUGCAUGAGGUUCCAGCACUCUCGCUGCGUAGAUCAGACUGAGCCCGAGGAUGGAAGAUCCUCCAGGAAAGCCAAGAAGCGUGUGACGUUUGCUGAUGAUAAAGGCCUGUCUCUAACCAAAGUGAAGAUCUUCUCUGAGUUCAACGAUCCCAUCGAUAUUCCUCAGAACAUCCAGGAGAUGCUCAACUCGGCUCUCUCUCUGACAGCUAAGGAGGACAAGCUGGUGCUGGACUUCACUCAGCCGUCCUCGGACUACCUGCACUUCCGUCAGAGACUGGAGAGGAACUACGUCUGUCUGGAGCACUGCGUGUUGAAGGAGAAGGCCUUAGCAGGAACCAUUAAGGUCAAAAACGUGUCCUUUGAGAAGUCUGUGAAGCUGCGGGUGACCUUUGACACCUGGAAGAGCCACAUAGAUGUAGACUGUGUGUACAUGAAGGACACGUAUCCCAGCUCGUACAGCGACACGUUCUCCUUCAACGUGUCUCUACCUGAUGAGUUGGGGCCGCACGAGCGCGUUGAGUUCGCCGUCUGUUAUGAGGUGGGUGGAUGUGAGUACUGGGACAGCAACCACGGGGAGAACUACAGCAUCGUCUGGUCCUCCAGGAAGAGGAGCCACCGGGACGCCUGCAGCCGCCAGUCUGACUUUGGGAUUCAUUUUGACCGAUACGGCAGCCCCACCUGUUCACACGGUAUCUUCCCCGAUUGGCCGAGUUACGCAGGAUACGAGAAUACCGGGCCGUACUACUGAACGGGAACCACAUUUGUGGUUCGGGUUUUUUUUUUAAAUGUCCUGUUGUCCUGUUGCACAUCACUGUAAACUCAUCUACUUGAAACAAAGUUUGCCGUUCUGGACUCUUAAUAUAUCACCUGAACUUUGUUAUUGUUUAAGAGGUUACCUGUGACCACCUCUACCUCUACUCUACUGCAACUCAGGAUUACUUUCAUGAUUAAUAGAACAAUCGGUCGAUCUUUAAAAUGUCACAGUUUCUCACAAUCCAAACCGAGCGACCCAGAGAGAUUAGUUUAGUGUGAGAAUAGACUGUAUAAUUAAAAAUGGCUGUAGUCUCUUCUUCUGGUUUCACAACUGGAGAAUUGGCGCCACCUACUGCUUAUCUGAUGAACCAGCUCACAUACUGCUGGUGGAUGGAAACAAGCAUUCACACAUUGUCUAUUGCUGAUUUUCAGUUAAUAUUUGCGAUAAGUUACUAUGGAUACAUGUCUGUUAGAAUGAGAGUGAGACCCCAGAGACGUCACUGUGUCCCCCUCAAACCAAACCUCAGCUAUUGUCCUUCUUCCCAAACAGCAGCUGUGACGUUAACAGAAGUUGCUCUUUAGUUCAUGUAGAGAUGUGUUGCCACCAAGACAAAUGAUGACUGUUGUCUUUGUAACAUCGUUCUAAUGAUCUCUGCCAUUAUCGAUCAAACUUACUAAAACUGUCCAUCACAGAGUCCAGUGUUACUAACCACCGGCCUCCAGCUGAGGUGAUGGUUUAAUAUUUCACAGGAGCUGUUGCUUCAGAUGGUUUCCCAACAUGACACAGGUGAAGUUUAUCUGGUUUCUUUUUCACAAUAAUCUACACACGUUCAGUUACAACAUCAGCUACAACAGCAGUUUUUGGAAUGAAAUGUGUUAUUCAUGUUACUUUUUUGUUAUUUUUCUUAAGGGAACUAGUUAUACCUCAUUUUUAGCAGGAUGACAGGCUGUCAAUUACUGGUUGCUCGUCAUAUCGAGUUUUCCCUCACAGUCUCUAUAUUUUAACCUUCUAUUUGAAAUCCAGGUGUGUCUGUGUUUGCACACGAGAACAAAGACGCUGCAGUGUUAAAGCUGUUUGUAAUUAAGCAUUAGCAUUGAUUUCCUGUCUGUUUUUAAUGUCCUUUUGUUUGCACAUGCUCAGUAUGGAGGUGUAUGAAUGGGUUGUUGUGAUGCUGCUCAGUAAAAUUCUCAUUAAGUGUUAUUACAAUGUUUUGUGCAAAAAUUG